AUGGGGUUUUCCCCAAGUAAAUCUGCUACUCAAGUUUCUGCUUUGCAUAUGGAUUGAAAAGUGGGUGAUCGCUUAAUGCAAAGGACAGAGAAAAGCAAAUUGGAGCCAGUGACUCAGUUAUUUCAAAACACCAAGAAAAUAAGAUUAGAAAACACAGAUCAAGAAGCCUUUACAAGGAGCAAAGACACUGGCACAGGAUAUCUUUCAGAGAAAGCCUUGGGUCCAGUGAUGUGUGUUACAGAAAGUGAUGGGAUAGAAAUGACAGAUGUCGAAUGA